AUGCCAUCCGGGCAACGUCAAUGCCAACCGCAGGACGCGGCGCAUCGCGACGGCUGCGCGAUCUCGGCCGGCAGGCGAGCAGGGGCGGCGGGCCCGUCGACCGGCGACGGGCUGCCGAGCGAGGGACUGGCCGAUCCGCGCCCAGCGUGCUGCUCCGCGGCGUGCGCGAGGGAGGAUGAUGAUGGGUCAGUGGAAUCGGCGAGGGGGGACAGGUGCCGGGUGUGCCUGGAGGGCGUGGCGGGCGGCGACCUGGAGGGCUGCGGGGCGCUGAGGCUGGGCUGCAGCUGCUCUUCGGGGCUGGACGUCCUGCACGUGGAGUGCGCGGAGCGGUGGUUCAGGACGCGGCGGUGCAGCUCGGCGUGCGCGUGCUGCCGCUGCGAGGUGUGCGGCUGCGAGGCGGCGGGCCUGCCGGAGAGCCUCAAGAAGGAGCUCCUGGAGGUGUCGAUCAGGGUGGCCGGCCAGUCAGACAGGGUUCCGGAGACUGUGAGCAGCCCAGUGCAGUUUAGGUGGACCGCAGGGCCCUCGGCAGGGUCACGCAGCUGCUGCUCAUUCUACUGCACCGUGCCGGCUGCCACUGCUCUUCUCUCCCUGGCAGUCUUUUACGCUGUCUUCCUUGGCAUGAAGGUGGUGCCUUCCUUCCUCGUAGCCAGCAUUGUGGCCUCGACAACGAUGCUGCACUGGGUCGCUGUCCCCCUCAGGCCAGCGACACACGUGGCGGUGGUGUUGUGGUUCCUGCUGUCCGUCCUGUGGAUUACCGACAUACUAGUUACGAUGCAAAAUUGGAAUCCGCCCCGAGCGAGCCUUUUCGGCGUGCUGGCGGGAGUCCUAUUCGCCGGGGCCACGUACGGCUUGGCAGAGUCGGCAUGGGCCUCCCUGAGGGCGACAUACCCCAGGUCCAGGGACCGCUCCAGGCUGUUCCUUGGGGCACGGUAUCUGACCCGGCGUUUCCUCUGGACCCGUAUCAGUCCUGAAAGAAUGGAAAGCGACGGUGCUGUGUCGUCGGUGAGCGGUGCUGGCUGGAGCACGACGGAGUGCGACUCACCCGUCUAA